AUGGAACCAGAUGAAGUUUUUUCCUUCAGUUCUUUAACCUAUUUAUACCUAAAACAAAAAUGGACUAAAAGGGAACAUUGGGUUCAUCCAAUAAAUUGUGAACGAUAUACAAAUGGUCAUUACGUGAAGUUGUACUAUAAACUUCGAGAAGAUUCGUCAAAAUUUUUUAAGUACUUCCGCAUGUCUGUAAGAUCAUUUGAUGAACUUUUACUGUGCAUCAAAAAUGAUAUUCAGCUACAAAAUACCAAUAUGCGAUUAGCCAUACAGCCCGAAGAAAUGUUGGUGAUAACUUUGAGAUACCUCGCUUCAGGGUGCAGUUUUAAAGAACUACAUUAUAACUAUCGGAUUGGGAGAAGUACUGCAAGUGAAGUCGUCAGAAAAGUAUGCAAAAGUAUUUGGAACAGAUUAAAAGAAAUAUGCAUUCCCAUCCCUGAUCAGGGUGCUGUUGAUGGAAAACAUAUCCGAAUCAUAAAACCGGAAAGAAGUGGUUCAUUAUAUAUGAAUUAUAAGCAUUACUUUUCCAUUGGACUGCUAGCUAUUGCCGACGCAAACUAUAAGUUCAUUUAUGUAGAUGUUGGAUCUUAUGGAAAAGAUUCAGAUUCAACUAUCUUUAAAAACUCGGCACUUUGGGAAAAUUUGAAAAAAAAUAAUUUGAAUAUACCUGCAUCAACAACAGUACCAGGAGUUGAUAUUUCAUUACCAUACGCGUUUGUUGGUGACGAAGCAUUUGGACUGGACAAGCACUUACUUCGACCUUACUCUGGUACUCAUUUGCCAGUUCGAAAAAAAAUAUUUAACUAUCGUCUAUCACGCGCAAGACGAUACGUAGAGUGUACAUUUGGCAUUCUUUCUAAUAAGUGGCGUAUAUUUCACAGACCGAUCGAUGUACACGUAGAUUUCGCAGUCGAUAUUGUUAAAUGUUGUUGCGUUUUACAUAAUUUUGUUCGUGACCGAGAUGGGUUCAAGUUUGACGAUACACUAGCAAUCAGUGGCUUUGAAUAA